AUGUUCAGCGUCAAAAAUAAUCAUAUUAUUCAAGAGAAUUUCCAGAAACUCAGUCUUCCGGAGAAAAUACUUCGUGUUUGGAAAGGUUGGGAAUACAUUUCACAAGCUCAAAGGCAUACAAAAAAUAUUUUCUUCGUUUCAACGCGUUGUAUGUUGUUUGUGCAUGAAAGAAUUGUUGAUCAUGAUGAUGACGCGAAAAAGGGGAAAAAUCUGGGGGGUUCCUUCGAUAUUGUAAAGGUUCUCACGGAAGAAAAGAAAAAUUUAAGUUGCUUCAUGUAUCGACUCUAUUCAUUCGUCAUAGAUUUUGAAAUCAACCUUUGA